AUGUACAUGGCCUGGCAAUCCCAAUCGCCCGUGGCUGGUAUUGGAAUGCCUGCAGUAAUGGGCGACGGCCCAUCCAAUGGCGGUCACCCUCAAGGGACCGAAUACACGUUGCAGGGUGUGAUGCGAUUCUUGCAGACAGAAUGGCACCGACACGAGCGCGACCGAAACGCCUGGGAGAUUGAGCGCGCGGAGAUGAAGUCUCGUAUCGGUCAAUUAGAGGGAGAAUUGCGAACUAGCAGGCGUCUUCAGGAGUCAUUGGGCAAGCACGUUCGGUUGAUGGAGACAGCGCUGAAGAAAGAACGAGAGAAGUCGAAGAAACCCUCCAACAACGAGAGCAUCGAAGAUAUGAAAGACCCCAAGGAGAUCGCGCGCGAGAACGUGGAAUUCUUGAAAGAGCAACGAUCGAAGCCGGACUCCAACGCAAACCCAGAGGACCCCAACUCGAGCGAAUUCCGCCAAGAAGACGAACGAGAGAAGUCGCGUGUCUAUCUAGCCAAGUGUGCACAAGAAAUCGCAUAUCAUGUUAUUCCAACAUCUCACCCACCUCCGGACCUCAGCGAUCCGGAUCUCUCAAGCCACCUCUAUGCGAACCAACAGCUAUCGCAGCAGAACUUGGAGGAGGCAUACAUUCAACAGCAGCGCCAAAAGGCCAACCAUAUGAUGGGACGGGAGGAGAUGCUUACAAACCACCAAUCUGCAGGAAAUCAGUAUGCAGAGAAUGCUCCUCAAGGUCGAACGCAUAACCAGUACGGUCAGGGUUCGAUUCCUCGAGAUGCCAUUGACCGAAGACCUGUCGAUACUCCACAACACCCUAUGCCUUCCACUGAUAAUCGAAAGCCGGUAUAUGAACAUGGUUUGGUUGAUGAACGAGCUGUUGAUUCUCAGUCGGCAUACGAGGCUCAAGGGCCUCAGGUGGCGGUCAAGGAGGAGCUGCCAUCGCAAAGGGCGAAUGAUGAGAGGGCAGAGGAUAUGGACGGAUGGAAUUUUGAUGAACCUCCAGAGAACGAACAAGUUAGCGAGCCUAUGCCCCCCCACCGUCCGGACACCGAUGCUUUCCCCAACGCGAACUUUGUCGUUGGCGCCAAAUCACCCUCUCGGGGCGGAUCGCUCUCACAUCGACGAAAGAGCUCUGGCUCUCGGCGUAAGAGUGAGGGUGCAUCGGACGCUCGGGAUUUUGCCGCUGGAUUCGGCCAACAGGAUACGAACUUUAAGGUUCGAUUUGCUCUUCGCGGACACCUGGACGUGAUUCGCUCUGUGAUUUUCACCGGCGGCGGCAGUCCAUCAGAGCCGGAAAUUUGUACAUGCAGUGAUGAUGGAACGAUCAAGCGAUGGAUUAUACCGGCAACCUACGGUACAUUUGGAGCUCAUGGACCUAGCUCAAGCAAUGAUUUAGACAUUACGAGCUACUUUACACACCGCGGCCAUGUGGGUGCAGUCACCUCGUUGGCUGCCUGUUCACCCGGCCAAAACAUCUCUAAUGGGGGCCGUGCUAUGGGUGACGGAUGGGUCUUCUCAGGUGGACAAGACGCUAGCGUUCGGGUAUGGGAGCGAGGUCGGGUUGAUCCCAAGGCAACUUUGGAUGGUCACACAGACGCCGUAUGGGGGCUGUGUGUGCUUCCCGGGACGGCAGGUUCUGUUUUUGGAGACUCGUGCACUCACUAUGGCGGGGCAGAUCGCAUUCUACUGGCAUCCGGUGCGGCAGAUGGUCGUAUUUUGAUCUGGGCUGUCAGUGCUCCUCCUAUCGCACCCCAGGCAGCAUCACGACGCCAAGGUGGAAGUCGACGCGCCAACUCUAUCUCAUCUGGAUCCAAUUUCCCAUCCUCUCCACAGCCUAGUGUUGCUUCCUCGACGCCAUUCUACCACACCCUUGUUCAUCACAUCGUGCGCACCGAUUCUCCAUCUCCAACAUGCAUCAGCCCCCUAUCUCUAGCGGGUGUCAAUUUCGUGGUUUCUUACACCGAUGCCUCAAUUCUCGUAUAUGAUACACGAACUGGUGAGGAAAUCGUGGGCAUGGCCAGUCUCGAAACAUACGAUGGAACGCCCUCGACUGGUGUAAAUUCCGUUGUUGCCACUACUAUUGGAUUUGAUGGGUCUGCAAAUCUGGAGCCCAACCGCACCAUGGAGGACGAAGAAGUUGUUCACGGAGCCACUGGUUCAAGCAACGUUGAAGGUGUCAUUAUCAGCGGUUACGAGGAUCGAUACAUUCGCUUCUUUGACGCGAACAGCGGUCAAUGCACGUACACCAUGCUAGCCCACCCGGCUGCGAUCGCUUCUCUUUCCUUGUCUCCUGAUGGACGUGAACUAGUUUCAGCUGGGCACGACGCGAGCCUGCGGUUUUGGAAUCUCGAGAAACGCAGUUGCACCCAAGAAUUGACCAGCCACCGCUUAAUGCGUGGUGAAGGUGUCUGCGCUGUUGUCUGGAGCCGUGACGGACGCUGGGUCGUCAGCGGCGGUGGAGAUGGCGUGGUUAAAGUCUUCUCAAGAUGA